AUGUUUCGAGUUGGUGGACACGACUGGCGUAUCAGGUGCUACCCGAACGGCGAAGAGGGAUACGAGGGCUUCAUCGGCCUAUACCUCGAGCACGCCAGCCUUGACCGCACCGGUGACGCCACACCGGAUUUCCGCAUGAGCAUCCUUGACCACACCGGGAAGCUAUUGUGGACCGAAGGUCAUGCCCAAUUGUCGGAAGAAAUCGAUGAUGAGAGCAAAGGUGAUGCUCAAACUUUCUCGAUCGGCAAAGGUAUCAUGUGGGGCUGGAGUGAUUUCAUGAAGGUUGAAGACCUGGACGACAAGAAGCACCUCAAGGACGGAUCUCUGAUAAUCGUCUGUGACGUCACCGUCCUUGACAUGCGCACCAUCGAGUACCGUGACGGGAUGGCAUCCACGGCUACAACUGUGCCACCAUCGGAGCUGCACCGAGAACCAACGGAGGUCCGCUCAGAGUCCAAAGAGGGGGCUAACCCUGACAUGGAGAUACAGGUCGGCGGGGUGACCUUCCCGGCGAACAGGUCGAUGCUCGCUGCCCGGUCUCCUGUCUUCAAGGAGGAAUUGAUGCCAACAAAUAUACGUGUCGAUGGAAUUGAUGCCGACGUAUUCAAGGCCCUGCUCUACUUCAUCUACACCGACAAGUUGCCGCAAGAGAUAGAGGAGGAAGGGACGUUGGCCAAGAUGGCGAAGCCGCUGCUCGUGGCAGCAGACAGGUACAAGCUGGAGAAGUUGAAGCUGGUCUGCGAGGAGGCGUUGUGCGGGCAAAUCGAUAUGGAAUCCGUGGCCAACACACUAGCGUUCGCGGAGCAGCAUUGUUGCAGCAUGCUGAAGGACGCUUGCACGCAGUUUCUCGCUGACUUCUCGUUCUAA